ACUAUUGAUUGUAGAAGAGAUAGUCGUCUCAGACGCCAUCUUAAAACAAAGUGAUAUAAGUUUUGGUAGAGUAGAUUAGGAAAUAAAUCUAAAGUAAUCUUCAAAAAUACAUUAGCUUACAAGCUUAGAUAUUUAUAAAAUCAAUUCAUUAAAUUUAACGGACCGAGUUGGUGGUCGGUGCGAGGGUGAACUCCUGAUGGUGUGUAUAUCGCAGCAUGUCUGCACUCUCGACGCCGAGCGGCGGAGGCACUACGGCGCAGAGCAAGCCGACGUCCGGCAAGCAAAAAUAUCAAAAGUUGGACAUCAAUAGUCUGUACUGCGCUAAUCGGAACGAGAAUUCGGAACCGUCCUCUGUAAAAUCUCAACUAAGCCGUAAACAUGGAAUGCAAAGUCUUGGAAAAGUUCCCUCCGCAAGACGUCCACCAGCCAAUCUUCCAUCUUUAAAAACUGAAACCGGUCAAGAUUCUAAUGCUAACUCUGUUUCUACUACAACAACAACUGUAUCUGCACCAGUAACAUGCAUUUCUCAGACAAUAACUACAACACCAAACAGCAAUGUGGUUGCGGGAGCAGGGUCUGGAGGAUGGGUCCCGCUGCCGCCACCCACGUCCCCACACUUCCGCACAGAGUUCCCCUCAUUGGAGGCUGCGGCACAACCAUCACAUCGGUCUGCGGAGCACACUGCUACCCAGCCCCAACUCAGACCACAAACGGAAGGCAGUUGGACGUCCGGUGGGACAGCCGGCGUUCGGCCAGAAACUUCAUCGUCUCCCGCCGCCGCUCCCGCCUCCACGCCCGCCUCACAGCAAACACCCGCCUACCGUGCUAUUCUGCCAUCCUUCCUGAUGAAAGGUAGCAAUGGAGCUGGCCUCGGAUUGGGAACAUUGAGUACUCUUCGUGACAAUAGAAGCAAUACAGGAGGUAGCAACUCGAACAGUAACUCGAGUCAGAGACAAGUGCCCCGGCAGCCCGUCACACCCAGGGCGGUGGAGGUGCUCACUGCUCGCCCCAUACUGCGUGAGGAGCAAAUAUCUUCACUAGAUGACAUCUCACGGGAUGCAGGAUGGGCACAGCAUGACGACAUUGAUUAUGAUCAAAAAUUGGACUUUUCGGAUGGUGAAUCGUCGACGCCGGCUAGUAAAACUGUAAAAAAUAAUAAUCGUUCCAAUGUUGAGAGCGAGCGCAGCGAAUCUAAAAUAGAAACCGGCGAUGAGGAGCAGCUGUGGGCCGAAAGACGGCAAAAACAGAGUAACGAAGUGGCACAAGCAGUCGCGAGAGCUCGCCAGAGAAAGGAAGAGGAGCAGCGCCGGCAAAUGAGAGACGCGUCUACACAAAAAGACAGGUCUGAUAGAGGCCGCAAUGAUAACAGGGAACGUGAUAUUGACAGCCGGGAAAAAGAUAGGAAUCCUCCUAGGGACCGGGAUCAUGCAGAAAGCGACAAGGAGCGAAAUGACGUAAGGGAACGCUCGUUAAGGGAAAAAGACGUCGACAAUAGGGACCGCGACCGUAUGGACAAUAGAGAUAGGUUUGAAAAUAGGGACCGUGAUCGCGAUCGUGACCGUGAUCGUGACAGAGAUAGGCCGAGCGAGCGGGAUAGAGGUAGAUUAGAUAAUAGAGAACGUCAAGAUGACAAGGAACGCGAAGUACGCGAGAGGGAGAGGAACGAUAACCGCGAUCGAAUGGAUCGCGAGAGAUUCAACAGGGACAAAGAUCGUAAUGAAAGAGACCGCGAGAGAGACAGAAUGGAUCGCGAUCGUGACUUCAGGGAGAGAGAUUACGGCCGCGAUAGGGACAGGGACCGCGAUCAAUCUAAUCCAGCUUUCUCGAAACCGUUCAAUGCCAACUUACCCCCGCGCUUUUUGAGACAGCAACAGAAUCGGCAGCAAGAGGAACAGCAUAAAGGUGGAUGGGCAUUUACUGGCAACAAACCAGCGCCCAGAAGACAAGAGCCACCCCCAUAUAAUGCUCCGAGGCAUGCAAAUGGUCGCCGUUCCUAUUCUAGGGAUUAUUCUGAUCGCGAAGAUGAUGUACGCAGGGACAAAGAUGUAUCAUCGGGCCCCCAGUGGCGAUCUGAAAUGCAAGACUACGAACGAUCUGGGCGUGAGCUGGAUAGAUCUAAUUCUAAAGAUUCGAAUGACUACAAGGAUCGACGUAGUGACGAUAGAAAACCAUCAGAAGCGACACCUAUAGAUCCACUACAACAAAGCCGAACUGCUGCGGAUAAGUUAACAGAAGUGUUUGAGAGAAAAAGUAUAGGUUUAGCUGAGCCCUUUGCUUCUAGCGAUACCUCGCCACAAGUUGCAGUUGCCGAAAGACGAGUUACUCCCCCAUCUAACACAGUGCCGAGUGACUCAUUUGAAAAAGAUUUCGGCAAGUCUUCGUGGGCAGAAGUCGCACAAGAAGAACAAAAUGCGCUUUCAAGGACGGAAAAAGAGCCAUCACCGAGGCGUAACUUAGAAGAGUCAAAAGAAAUUGAAAUAUCUGAGAAUAAGGCCGUUCAUAAUCCUCCACCCGCAUUUAACACGCAUCAGAAUGCAAGCAAUAAUUCUUCCAACUUAUCAACCCAAUCCCACUCCAAUAUGUAUAGUAGUGUUGCGAGUUCAAAUAGUUCAAGCAAUGCCCAAAUCUCAUCUCAUCAACAAGUUCAUGUGCAAAAUAUGUCAUCAUCCACUUCAGCUAUUCAAGUAAAAGAAAACAUUGAAAUACAACCCACCAUUGCAACAAGCAUGCAGGCAACUAAAACCAUGUCAUCCUCAGAAGUUUCUUCUAAUAUACACCUUAACGUAAAACAGCAAGCACCAGAAAGUAUUCAACAAAACAAGCAAUUCAGUACUCAAAAAUCCGAAAGAGAUCUAUCAGAGUCCGAGUCAUUGGCAUCUAAAUCGAGCACAGACCCCACUAAUGCAGGACAUAUUUCCAGUUCUUUGGAUAAUACUUCUGGUCUGGAUCAAAAACGUGCCCUCGAAGAUAAGAGAAAUUUCAGUAAUGAACAACUAAAUAAGAUGAUAAAAGAUCCUAUUGAACGAAAAUCGAGCGGCUCGGGGUCUGAGAAGAAAGGACGACCAUACAAUAGUGGUGGUUACAAUGUGUAUGUCAGGGGAUGGGGAGCGAGAGACACUAGAGGUCGCCGUACGCAUCGUAGUUCUAGGUCUAACAAUAGAGCGAGUGAGUCGGAUGGUUCGACAGAAGGUUCAAACGUGGAACGCAAGGAAAGGCGCAAAGCGCCGCGAAGUCCUAGAGGUGGAAAGAAACAGGAGAGACCUGAAGAUGCAGCCCAACCUUCCUCGGAACAGAUAGUUCAUCAGACUGAUGGCUUAGAAAAUAGAGAACCAUUUGCUCCUAGAGGUCAGCCUUCUCGUAGAGGUAGAGGUGGAUUCCAGGGUACGUCUAGGCCCCCGGCGCCAGCUAAAAGGCUAGCUGGAUAUGGACCUCCGAAUACGAAAAGUCCGUUCGGUCAAGCCAAUAGAGCCGUUAAAGACGGCGAGGACGGCAAGGACAACCUGGAAGAUAGGGAAAAAUCUAAUAAAUCUCGUGCAAACUCCUCCAAUCGGAGAGGUCGAGACAGGCGUUUGAAAGGUGCUGGUGGCCCACAGAGUGGAGAAGACGAAAAUUGGGAAACAACUUCUGAACAUUCUGAGGGUGGAACGAGUGGUCGUCGACGUUCCGGCGGCAGACAGAGUUCUCAAUCCCAGAAAGGUCCACAUGGCGGACGUAAUCAAAAUGCUAACAACCGCCAAAACAACUCGCGCAGUCAACAAACGACUAAGAAAGAUAUGGGAGGAGAAAAUAAGGCCACUGAAAUAGCUGAAGGUUUCAAUGAUCUUAAAAUUUCUAGCAAUAAGAAAGACGAAGAAAUUGUUGAUGACGGUUUUCAAGAAGUUCGUAAUAAGAAAACCUCUAAAGACGCAAGGGGCACUCCUAAUACAGGUAAAGAGGAGAAGCAACCGAGAUCUCGGUCUAACCAAGGUGGAGGAAGGAAUGGGUCCUCAACAAGAAGUGGAAAUGAUAAGUCAAACUCGCGUGGUUCUGCUCCCGUUAGCGGCAAACCGAAUGCUCAGUAUGAUAGGCCUCGGCAAGCUAAUUUGGCACCUCGAUUUGUAAAACAAAGGCAGAAGCAACAGAUGGGAUUGACAAGCAGCUUCGGACCGGAGACUGGCAAUGCACCUCCUCCUCCAGCUGUCAAUGCUUGGGACAAGCCUAUCGCUCAAACAUUGCGAGGAAACGUGGAGGAGCCCACUGAAGUUCCUGUCGACGCCAAGUCGAGUCAAUCGAGCCAGCGUAGCAGUCCCGGCGAUAAUGCAGCAGAAGCCAAAGCGGCUAUUGUAGCACCUUCUCCUUUAGGACCUGAAAAAGCGGGAGUGCUAGAUGGAGCGACUCCUCCAGUAGAGACUAUUAUAUUUGAGAAUACCAAUUACAAAACUGCACCGCCUGCAGAGGCUUUGAAACAAAAAUAUCAACCAAAUUCAGCAGGACCCAAGCCGCAAGGGGAGGAAGUAUCCAGUGAAAUGGAGUCGAGAUCUAUGUCAUUCAAUGGCGACGUGAGGGCGAGGCCGAGGUCUAUUCAGGAAUUAAUGAUCAAGGCCGAGACCGGACGACCUGUGUCCGAGGCCGAAGGGUCCCUCGGAUUGCAAAUGUCGUUCGACACAACGCAAAAACCUGAGGACUCCUCGGACAUGAAACUAGACUUCGCAUUCGACUCCGAUCUCGGACAACUCACGGAAGACAAAACUAGCAAGUCACUGGGGCUUCCGAGGGGUACACAUAAUAUGAGCACCUCCAACACAAUCUCACCACUGGCGGCGGAUCUCAAUUUAAAAAUCGCUAGUGUUAAGAAGGUGUGGGAAAUGCCCGCCGUAGCUGAAGGUAGCGAGGAAUUGCAGUUCGCUGGAUUCGAGGAGAAUAACACGGAGACGGGUGCUCCACCGAAUGUGUGCAAAGUGAAACCGACUCAGCAGCUCCAGUCGCCGCCGCCGCAGCAUUACAAUCAUGUGAGCUACCAGGGCGGGUACGGUGGGCUAUCUGUGCCGUCGCCUCCCGCUGUGUUGUUCAAUUCAUCGCAGCAGUUGCUGGGCUCAUCUCAACAGCUGCCACAGCAGGGUGGACUAUAUGGCGCUUUUUUGGAUCAAACUCGAGGACAAUUUGGAGGAUUUCCAGGAAACCCGUAUGGUGCUGGCUCUGCUACUCCAUACAAUUACCAGCCACCUCCAGAUAUGUUCCAAAGCCUUCCGAGUCAAUAUCGCAUGGCGGCAGCUGCAGGAGGCGGGGCAGCUUUCGGUCAAUCCGGACAACUGGGUAACAGUCCAAGCACUGUCCUUAUUUCAAGCACCUCAAAUUCCCUCAUGUCGGCUACAGUCAAGCCUUCAACUCAACAAAUUGGUGCCAUUGGCAGUAAAGGUGGUGCAGUGGGUGGGGUCGGCGGAGUAGGCGGGGUCAACACAUUUCAACAGCAGUUCCUCGGCUACUCGGCGCCGGUGGGCGACGCGUCGUACUCCCUGCCCGGCCUGAUGCCCCGCCCCGCGCCCCCCGCCUCCUCCUACUACUCGCCCUACCAGCCGCCCACCGCUCCGGCGCCCACAUACCCGCUCCAGUUCACGCAGCAGGCUCAGUCCAACGCGUUCAAUUCGCCAUUCCUCUCAUCUCAAAUACACGUCGCGGCGGCCGUUCAGCAGAUGCAACAACAAUACCGCGCGCCGCCUCUGCAGCAGCAGUACGCGCCGCAACCGCGCCCGCCGCCGCAACUCAAGAGCCCGCUGCACGAGCACGCCAACGGCUUCGCGCAGCUGUGCGACUCCGCCUCCCCCACGCCCAAGGGCGCCAAGCAACAGAAGCCGCCGCACUCCCCCCCGCACAAGUACCACCCGCAGCACCCGCCGCCGGCCCACACGCCGCACCAGCACCACCAACACCCGCAUCAGCACCAGCAACAGCAACACCAGCAGCACCAGCAACACCAACAACACCAACAACACCAACAACACCAGCAACAUCAACAGAUGGUAGGCGGUGGUAACAACGGAAGGGGCGGUAACAACGGUAACGCGAUGAACCGCGGCGGCAUGGUGGCCCCGCGGUACCCGGCGCCGAUACAGCGGCCGCAUGCGCCCGCGCUGCCCAUGUACCGCGCGCCGCCCGCGCCCGCCCCUCGCCAGCACCACGCGCCACGACACAACCUCUACUACCAUCAUCAUCAGCGUAAUGGGGGAGGAGGCAACGACCGUCCCAACGAGGGGACCGAAGUGCCGACCAGCGUAGAGGACACCAACGACGCCGCGCCCGUGAGCGAGGCGACCCCCGUAGCGGAGGUGAAGGCCGAGUGAGCGCGGCCCGCGCCCGGCCCCCGCUCCGCCCCCGCCCCGACUCGUCAGUGCUCGGUUCACGAGUGGAGCCCGACCGGAGCGGCCCGGCUCCACCACGGACUCGACCCGCACUCGGCACACGUGCGCCCGACCACACUCGCGAGUGCUCGGCCCGACCCGUCUCCGGCGGCGACCAAGUGUGUAAAGCACGGACUAUGUUUGGCAAUAACGUCAUAAGACUUAGGUUCUCGGUAUUUUCGUCGUAAAUUAUAAAAAAAAGUGAUUUAAUAUUAUUCAAAAACCAUACAAGUCAGUGCGCCCGUGACGCGUCAUCUCGUCGGUAAAAUUGGCCCUGGAGGCCGCGAUCGCGUCCGCGUGGUGUCUGUUAGUAUGUAAAUAUAAUGAUUGGACGGACAUUCGGCUGUCUAUUUGACUGUUAUUAUUUAAGUAUAUGUACGAAGAGGCCGACGGACACGCUCCGUGCGGCCGACUGCACUGCGAGGACCUCGCGUCCAUAUGACCGAUGCUGCCUCGAGACUUCUCACUAGUAAAUAUGUAGCCACGUUUUUGCAUAACGAAUGUCGAUGCAAUAUAAAUAAUUUAAUUUGGAGCGGAAAUGUCUGAGAGGUGAUCCGCGUCUACGGCAGACCGGUUUCCGUUGUGCUCCAUGUAUCAUAAUCAAUUAUAAUAUGCGAAUAAAAUUAUUAUGACGGA